AUGACUGGAGGAGGAGGAGGAGGAGGAGAAAGUGGAUGGGGCAGCUGCUUUGCAUAUACGAUCGGCGCCGUAGCAGUGAUAUUGAUAUGGCAAUUGAUCUCCAACACCGGGUUGAAAUCUUCCUUCUUCUUCUUCUUCCUUCCUAAUAAUCAUUUCAGAUCACAAGAAGCUGCUACCCCUAACCCCUCUGCUCCUCCUCCUCCUCCUUCUUUUGGGAGCUUCAACAACUCCACCGUUCCCGCCUCCUCUGCCCUUUCCCCGCCUAGGUACAUUCUUUCUAAAUAUGGAAUAUCAAUGGUGCAAAAUUUUUUUGACUGCCCAACCGACGUUUCUUCGCCACUCGACACAUUGAAAGUCUCUUGUAAACACACAUUAGAAGGGAAUGCAACACCAAGUAUUGACAUCAAUCUUGAACAAAAAGAAGAAAAAAGACACCCGGAGACUAUUUCAAUAAUCCUCUUAACUUGA